CUCCCUCUGUUGGCGAUUUCUUUACUAUAUAUUUUGACAAUCAGCUGUUUGCUUCGUAAAAUUCCCCGACGAAUUGGAAAUUUAUAUGUGCGAUUUUUGCCUGCGGAUUAUUAUUGGAAAAAAAACAACUUUAUACUUUUACUUGAGUGCUUUAGUUUUGUAAUCGUAUUAUAAAAGAGAAAAUAGCGAAAACUCAGACCGCACAGGUCUGCUGUAGUAUACGAAUACCAGAAAGAAAUAAUGGGCUCACCAGCAAAUUACAAGCUGCUUAUUUUACUAGUUUUAUUCCUAGCAUUAGUUGCGGCCAGAAAACAUCAUUUGGAAGUCCGACAUGAUGUGCGUCCUUACAUUGCGCUAAGCACAUUUGGCUUCUACACUGAUGGUCAUUUAGAAGUUCAUCUGAGUAAACUGCAUAUAGAGGAUGUGGAAGAUAAUGAUUUGUAUGGCCUAACGUUGGACAAAACGACGAUCGAUCAAUUAAACCCCUACUUGGACUCUCAUCAAAACAAAUGCAUCCUGGAGGAACCAUCAAGUAUGCAACGGAGUGGUCCGAUUUUAUUUUUCAUAUUUGAUUUAAAGAACCUUAAUGUCAAAGUGCAGUGCUCACCGGAAUGGAAGAAUCAACACAUUUAUCGAAGUCGUGCAUUGUUUCCAAUGUAUCGUGGAAAGCGUCAUUCCAGGAUGAGUGACUCAACAAUAUAUCUACAACGGCGCAAGCGGAGUGAGGAUGCCGGUCCUGCACAAGGAGACGAUAAUGACAUACCCUUAGAUGAACAACAAAUGUUGGAUGAUGAUGAUUCUGUCGAAGCACCACAAAUAAUUGCCAAACCAUCAUCACCAUUACCAGUAGCUAAAGCACCUUUACCUACAAAAGCGGCUGUAGCGCCACUUUUGGCUUCAGCAGAACCGGCGAAAGUACUUUCAUUUGACCCCAAAAAUGUUGCUCCGCCACCUGCCACUGCAGAAAAUCCAUUUCCACAUGAAUCUGAAAACGCUCGUCCCGCACUUAAAGCAGCGCCCGCUGUCUCGUACGAAAAUAUACCGUAUCAGCUUUGUAAAAACUAUACAAUACCGUUGGCGAGAAAAACUAUCAAUGGAAAAGCCUAUUAUAAUAUGUCGUUUUCUAUGCUUGUGGCCACAUUACACGAUGAGGGUCUCUACAAUCUUCACUUCCAUGCAUGUCCCAACUAUAGGUCAUCAAGGGCGAUUUCGUUUGAUGUCGAUAUUGAAGAGAAGAAUAAUAACAAUUUUCUCUCCGCUGGCGAAAUGCCGUUGCCCGCAUUGUACUCCAUGAUGAGCGUGCUGUUCUUCCUUUCCGGUUUGUUUUGGGUAUUCAUCUUGAAAAAGAGCAAGCACACUGUACAUAAGCUGCACUACAUUAUGGCAGUGUUGGUAUUCCUGAAAUCACUUUCUCUAAUGUUCCAUUCCAUUAAUUAUCAUUUUAUCCAAAUUCGCGGCGAACACGUUGAAGCUUGGGCGAUUCUGUAUUAUGUAACACAUUUGCUCAAGGGAUCUGUAUUAUUUAUCACCAUAGUACUUAUGGGAACCGGCUGGACUUUUAUUAAGCCCAUACUGUCAGACAAGGAUAAAAAGAUCUUCAUGAUUGUUAUUCCACUACAGGUACUCGCUAACGUCGCCGAAAUCAUUAUUGAUGAAUCUGAAGAAAGUGAUAUUGAAUUUCGUACAUGGCGCAACAUAUUCAUUUUCGUGGAUUUAAUCUGUUGCGGUGCCAUACUGUUUCCGAUUGUUUGGUCAAUAAAACAUUUACACGAGGCAUCAGCCACGGAUGGCAAAGCAGCCAUCAAUUUACGCAAACUAAAGUUAUUCCGCCAAUUCUACAUAAUGAUCGUUUGUUAUAUUUAUUUUACGCGAAUAGUUGUAUAUCUUCUGAAGAUGACUGUCGCUUUCCAGUACGCCUGGUUAGAUGAAAUGUUCCAUGAGAUGGCGACAUAUGUUUUCUUCGUACUGACAGGUUAUAAAUUCCGGCCUGAUUCAUCGCAUCCAUACUUUGCUGUGCGAAAUGAGGAAGAUGACGCAGUGGAAGUACUCACUGAAUCAGGUCUCACCGAGGGUUUACACCGAACGAAAGCACUUAAUCGCAAUGCCUUACCUCCUGCUGGCUCUACUUUACUUAACGGCACCGAUGAAGAACGUGAAAAUUUGAUAACGAAACGUGAAUCGAGUCAUGAAUAUGAUUAGAUAGAUAGAAAAUAAUUGAAAAAAUGUUGAAUUGAAGUGUAAGGAAGUGUAAUCAUUAUUUCGAACUAGGAAUGUGUAUGUUGCCGUUAACGAAAUAUUUUACUUUUUUUUUGUGGAGAGAGAGCAAGGGCAACAUGUGUGUAUCGCCUUGGCAGUAUGUGAAAACACACUGCCUUUAUUAUAUAAUUCUUAUAUUAUUUUAGAUAUUUUUUAACUAAUUUUUGAAGAAUGAUGCAAUUAAGCAAUAAAACUAGAUAUAUUUUCCAGAAGUUUUACCUACA